AUGGACUGGGAUGACGAGUACACUCUGCUAGCCACCUCGUCCAAAGGUGACGCUCUCGACUUUCUCAAUCUCGAUGCGCCAGCCUCGACAGAAGCUGAGACGCCACUCUCCGAGCUCAUUCGGCACUGGAUGAACGAACGACACGCGCCGACGAUCCUUGCAGCACAGGAACAGCUCCUUGGCUUGUUGCUCGACCACAUACGGCGGCAGACAGACACGGUGCAGGCCCUUCGUGGCGACCCCUCCACCUCGGAAGAAGAGCAUAUUCGGAUUAUGCUAGUGCAGACAGAAGUAGAACGCGUCAAGUUUAUUGUACGCUCAUACAUUAGGACGCGGCUGUACAAGAUUGAGAGAUACGCGCGGUUUAUCACUACCGAUGCGGAGAUCCAAACGCGGCUGACAACAGCAGAAAAGGCGUAUGCGAGCAGCCAAGCACAACAUACGGAUCGGCAUUUACAUUAUUCGGUACUGCAGAGUCUUCCACCGGCUCAGGCGCAUCUCGACGACCAGCCCAUAUUUGUCCCGUCUAUGGUGACACAGCCCAACAAAUCUCGAGCAGUUUUCGCCUAUGCACUCAAAGAAUGCCCACCUGUUCGUUUGCCAGACGGCACGACUCUGUCCUUGGAGAAAGAUCAGCUCACGCUCGUCCCAUUCUACGUCGUAGAGCAUCUAGUAGAACGAGGGGAUGCAGAACUCGUCUGA